GAGCACACUCCAACAGCAAUCCCGAGUGGUGUGCAGAUGAUGUGUGGCUGAUGUUUGAUUCAGUUUCUAAAGUAAAAUCAGGGUCUAAACUCGUCCUCCAAUGCAUGCGGAUUUGAGACAAUAAUUUUAGAUAGCCUAUCUCUACCCUUAUAUGAAUCAAUUACGCGGAUUAAUUUGAUAAUGGUGGUUUUAUUGCAUCUACGUGCGUCGGCGAUGGUUCUUGCAUGGGGUUAUUGUAUUUUGGCCGAGACAACUUUUUCUAACUUCACUCUGGAUAACGAAGUUCAAUCAAGCUUCAUCCAGCGCCGUCUGCGGAACCAGGAGCGCCGGGAGAUGCAGCGAGAAAUCCUCUCCAUCCUGGGGCUGCCCCACCGGCCCCGGCCGCACAUCUACACCAAACAAAACGCAGCCCCGAUGUUUAUGCUGAAUUUGUACAACGCUAUUUCCACGUAUGGACAACAACCCGCCGGCUUCUCAUAUUAUAAACCCGUCUUCACUACCCAGGGACCCCCGAUGGUGACCCCCCAAGACAGCAGUUUCCUCAAUGACGCGGAUAUGGUGAUGAGCUUUGUCAAUAUUGCUAAGCUGGAUCAGGAUGUCCUGUCAUCUCAGCACAACAGGGAAUUCCGCUUUGACUUGUCCCGGAUCCCAGAGGGAGAAGCUGUCUCCGCUGCAGAGUUCCGAAUCUAUAAGGACUACAUCAGAGAACGCUCUGAGAAUGAGACCUUCCACGUGAGCGUGUACCAGGUGCUACAGGAGACUUCUGACAGUAGUGACGACUACCUGUUUCUUCUGGACACGCGGGUGGUGUGGGCUGCAGAGGAGGGCUGGCUUGUGUUUGACAUCACGGCCACCAGUAACCAGUGGGUGGUGAACCCGGACCAGAACCUGGGCCUACAGCUGGCUCUGGAGAGUAUGGACGGUCAGAGUGUGAACCCCAGACUAGUGGGGCUGCUGGAGGGCAGUGGGCCCCAGGACAAGCAGCCCUUCAUGGUGGCCUUCUUCAAGGCAACCGAGGUUCGCCUCCGCAGCGUCCGUUCUGCCCACGGCCACAAGGGGCGCAACCCCAACCGCUCCAAAAAACCCAAGACUCCCCAGGAUGCACUGAAGGUUGCUGAGGCUGCAGCAGAGAACCUCAGCACAGACCCGAAACAGGGAUGUAAGAAGCAUGAGCUGUAUGUCAGCUUCAGAGAUCUGGGAUGGCAGGACUGGAUCAUUGCACCAGAGGGCUACGCAGCAUACUACUGCCAGGGCGAAUGUGCCUUUCCUCUGAACUCCUACAUGAACGCCACCAAUCAUGCCAUUGUGCAGACUCUGGUCCACUUCAUAAACCCAGAGACAGUGCCCAAACCCUGUUGUGCCCCCACCCAGCUCCAUGGCAUCUCAGUCCUCUACUUUGACGACAGCUCCAACGUCAUCCUGAAGAAGUACCGCAACAUGGUGGUCAGAACCUGCGGCUGUCACUGACCACCAUCAGACCUCCCCCUCUCAGGAUACACGGGGGCUAGUAGAGGAAGAUAAGGAAGAGGGGAUGGUGCAGGGAAACUAAUUUACUGCCUGAUCUAUAAGGACCUGUUGCUUCAGGACUUGCAGGAAGACCAACUUCCUUUAUUAUUGGCUGCGAACUGACAAGUACAUAAAGUACUGGCAAAGAUGUUCUACUUUAUUGCCUUGGUGCAUUGAAACAAGUAGAGCCAUAUUGCCUUAGUGCAACUGCAAAGAGGAUCUUUGGCAUCUGGACUGUAUACACUACAUGGUGCAUGACACACAGGAUCAAGAAUGCUCAUCUAGAGACCAUAAUAGAAUUCCCAGUCAAUACCAGGGAGGAAUGAAACAUCAGACACUGAACUGUCGUCAAUUUAUUUAUAAGCUCAUUUUACUUCAGUGAUCAAAGUUAAGGAAAGUGUUGAUGAAUACAAAAAGUCAGCCCCUAGGACAGAGGCAUGAGACUCAAAUGAAAUGUUAGAGAUGCUCAAUAACUGAUACAAAUUUAGAAUUGAGCAAUUGUUUGUCCAUGAGCAGACAUUUUACAGUGUCUUUUAAAAAGAUAAUUUCUGCUGUGUGCACUCAGCGUCUCUGUGUAAAAACAUUGCAUAUGAUUGCAUUAAACGGUCUAUAAAAAUGUG